AGUCCUGACCCUGCUCUAGUGCCGUUGGAAACUCGUAGGAUUUCAGCGAAAGCGUGACUAAGUUUCUGUCUAGUCCAAUUAUGAUGGCGUCUUCCUCAUUUAUAUCUCACCAACAAAGUGUGGAAUCUGAGGCUUUCAGUGAAUUUGAAGGGGAGGGGUUCGCUGUAUGUAGAAAAGGAUAUGAUGCAUUCAUCAACCAUAGGGGCCCUGACGUCAAACAAUCUGUGGCUUCAGAAAUUUACAGUUUUUUGCAGCGUAUGGGAUAUCGAGUAUUUCUUGAUGAGCCCGAGUUGAAACUGGGAGAUCCCAUUCCCUCUAACAUACAAAAUGCCAUAACCACUUCCAUUGUUCAACUCUGCAUCUUCUCGCCAAGAUACGCCGAGUCCCAUUGGUGUUUAGAUGAGCUGCUUCUCAUAAUGAAAACCAAGGCUCUCUUUAUUCCUGUAUUUUGUGAUGUGAAGCCUUCUGACCUUCGCUACCCUCACAAGGGAAUUUAUGCUCCUGCUUUCGCUGAAUAUGAGGAAAGGGGGAGAUUCAACAAUGAGAGGCUUCAACAAUGGAAAGAAGCCCUCAAAUCUUCGUCACGCAUCCGAGGCUACAAAUUCAGCACAUCUAAUGAUAAUGUGAAGACCCUGUGUACCGACAUUGCCUUGGCUGUGAAACAAGAGGUUGAAAACACAAGAUUUAUGGAAGUUGCAAAAUAUCCUGUAGGACUUGAUGAACUGGUGGAGGAUUUUGAAAGGCAGACUACAGAGAAAGGAAAUGUUGUUGGAAUCUUUGCGAUGGGGGGAUCUGGAAAAACAACCCUAGCCAAAGAAUUGUUUAACCGCAAAAGACGGAGUUACCAUGGAUCAAGUUUUGUUUUUGAUGUCAGAGAAGCAUCUGCAAAAGAUGAAUUAACUUGUCUCGAAAGUCAGCUACUCAAAGGCCUCUUCCUUGAAGAUCACAAAUUUAUGAGUAAAAGUGAAGGGACAUCCUUUCUUAAGGAGCGAAUGGGCAGAUCUAGUAAUCAAUUCCUCAUUGUUCUCGAUGAUGUUGAUGACCGACAGCAGCUAGAGUCUCUCUUGUUCAGAGAUGCACUCAAUUGUGGUAGUCUGGUCAUUGUCACAACUUGUGACAAGAGUGUGUUAACAAAAGCCGGAAUUACUAGUCAUUUUAAAUUGAAAGAAAUGAAGAAAUGUCAUGCAAAAGAGCUCUUGAUCUGUAGGCAUGCCUUAGGGCAGGCAAAACCACCCAGUGGAUAUGAGAAGUUAGUUAAUAGCUUUGUAGAUUUCUGUGGAGGAUUGCCUCUGGCCAUAGAAGUAUCUGCAGCCAAUCUUUUUGGCACUGCUGAUGUCAACACUUGGCAGUCAGAAUUGCAGAAAUUUAAAAGUAGUCUGAAUCUGGAAAUAAAGGCUAAACUUGGAAUAAGUUUGGGCAGGCUAGACCGAGAACAAAAACAAAUUUUUAUGGACAUCGCAUGUUUUUUCAUUGGCAAACGGGUGAGCAUGGGCAUAUAAAGAUGGGCAUAUAAAGAUAUGGAAGGGAUUAGGAUGGUGUUAGUUUGUUAGUUUGGACAGUUGUUUGUCCAUUUGCUAAAUAAUUAGUAAAUAAUUGUUUGCUAAUAAAUGUAGUUAGAGUUCAAACAAUUUUUAUUAAUUAUUUGACUCUUUUUAGAAACUUUUAGCAAUCAAUUUGGUUAGGGUUGUUUAGUUGUUUUUAAUCUCAGCCGUUGAUUGAGAAUUAAUCUCGGCUGUUGGUUUUCCAAUGAGAGUAGUAUAUAAGGGGGUUAGGAGGCAUUUGGAAAACAAGGAAUUGUGAGAAGAACUUGCAGUGUUAGCAAGUAGUCUUGCAAUGGGGUGGAAUAUCAG